AUGAUGAUGGAGUGGGAAGCAUUCAUCCCCGACCCACCUCCAGUGCCGGAGGAGUUUGAAGUGCUUGAGAUCCGCGCGGAAGAAUUCCUUGUUGCGCUGGACGAUGGCACCGUGGCCUCCAUCACCGAGGAGCAACUGCCUUCCUUGCAGGAAAUGUUUGCCGCAGAGAAGGAGGAGGGCAUGAAGCUGAUCGGCAAGCCUGUCUCGGUCCCGCCGCCUGAAGGUGAAGAGGGCGAGCCGAAGAUCGUUCUGGAAAGCUUCAGGCCAUCCCAGCUGAACGCGGCGCAGGGCAUGCCAAUGAGGCUUCUGGGACGCUUCCAAGAAGCGGGUGUUGCUUUGGGGAUGCCGGGUGGUUUUGGGUCCUUGGAAGAGAUGCGGAAGAAGGAGGAGGAGGACAAGAAAAACACCAACAGCUACGUGGGUGGAGAUAAGAGUGGCUUGGCGGUGGAGCACCCGGACUCGAACAAAGACCACUUCCAGCGCAUGCAGCAGCUCGCAUCGAGCAGCGGCCAAUCAGGCCCGCUCCCUUCGGAUCAUCGAGAAGUCACGGUCUACCGCAAUGGCUUCACAGUGGGAGAUGGACCUUUCCGACCACUUUCCGACCCGCUGAACAAGAAGUUCAUGGAUGAGAUGGCUGCAGGGCGCUGCCCCGCCGAACUGCAGGCAGGCUCAGACCAACCAGUGCACGUCGCUGUGCACGACAAGCGCGGAGAGGAUUACAAGGAGCCCCCUCCUCCCUCCUACGUCGCAUUCUCCGGUGAGGGCAACACCUUGGGUGGCAGUUCAUCAUCGGCAGCUGCCGUCGAGGCAGACAAGGGGUCCAUGACAGCACGUUUGUUCGUGUUUGACAUGGUAACACAGCUAGAACGUGUGGGCGCCAUGGUCCUCGGGCGGGCGAUGGGCUCCCAGCUGCGCAAGCUCAUGGCCAAGGAGUGCGUGGCCCUCCCUGGUGCCUACAACGGCCUCGUGGCUCGCCUUGUGGCCAUCCACGGGUUCAAAGGAGCCUACUUCUCCGGCGGUGCCCUCUCCGCCAGCUCGGGAGUUCCAGACAUCGGUUUGACUUCUUUGGACCAGUUCUCUUCCAGGAUUAAAGAGGUGGUUUCCGUCUCGGACCUGCCCUUCAUCGCUGAUGCCGACACUGGAUUUGGCGAGGCUGAGAUGGUACGGAAGACCGUGGAGGAGUACUGCUGGGCGGGAGCUGCUGGACUUCACAUCGAAGACCAGGUCUUUCCCAAGAGAUGUGGCCACCUCGACGGCAAGGCCUUGGUCCCAAUUGAUGUCUUCGUUGAGAAGGUCGAGCGAGCGGCAGAAGCUUCGCAGAGAUGCUCAGACGGUGAAUUCAUAAUUUGUGCGCGCACAGAUGCGGCUGGGGUGCCGGGCGAAGGCUUGCAGAAAGCCAUCGAGCGAGCCACGGCCUACGUCGCAGCCGGAGCUGACAUGAUCUUUCCGGAAGGUUUGCAAUCAGAGGAGGAUUUUCGCAGCUUCGCCGCGGCCAUGAAAUCAUUGAAGGGACCGGCGCCAGACGGAGGCCCCUUCUUGCUGGCCAACAUGACCGAGUUUGGGAAGACUCCCUACCUCACGCUGCAGCAAUUCCAGGGGCUGGGUUACCACUGCGUGAUCUACCCGGUGAGCACACUGAGGGCCGCCAUGCCUUAUCCUCA